UUCGGUAAAAAAAAAAAUAAAAAAAAAAAUAUUUACUCUAAAAAAAAGAAAGCCAAGAAAAAAUGGCUAACUCUGGCACGCCCAGGGCAGCUUCAACUGAUGCAAACGCCUUGGAGCUGCAGCAGCUGAUUUCACGCAGCUACAAAUCGAUGAACAAACUGGUUCACUUCUACAAUGGUCAGCUGCACGAGGAGCUGAGCACGCUGAUGAGCUCCAUUCAGGAGGAGCAGCUCCCAGGACGCAGCAUCAGUGAACAUAGCUCGCAGCUAACUGAGGCACUCGAUUUAAAGUGCUGGCUUUAAUAGGCUAAGCCACUACCUGAUGAUGCGGCCCAGUUGCAGCAGUCUCGAUUUGCAUGGCACCCCCGAAUUCAGGCAACUCUAGGUAAAACAAAAUUUAUUCAUAGAACUGAUUUUCGGUUCACAAAAAAUUCCCAAGAAAUGGCAUUAAAGCGCAUUGCAGCACACAACGAAUUCUAGCACAUUUACUGACGCUUGUUGUUCAUUUUAUAAACGAGUUUUCCAUAUGAGUAAAUCAUUUUAAUAUAAUAGAAUCUCAUUAAUUUAUGCGAAUAAUAAACUCUGUUCUAAAUGUUUGGGCGAUAAACAUUUUUCUUUAACCAAUA